UACAUGGUUUCGGAAAAAAAAAGGUUAUAACUAAACAUUAUAAAGAGACAAUUAUUUGAGAAAAGCAAAAGCAAAAGCACAAGAGAAAAAGAGAAGAAAAAUAAAAGAAAAGGAGAUUCUUUGAGUGAAAUACUGCUAUGAUGCAUUAUUAUUUGGUGAGAUGGGAAGUUUUGUAUGAUUCCAUUUUAUGUGCUAAUUAAAUGUUAAACUCAAAGCUCCAUUGAUACAAUGAGCUGUAGUUGAGAAGGAAAAAAUCACACACACACAUAUAUAUAAUGAGUGAGAAAGAAAAUGAGGUAGUUGAGAGAGAGAUUGUUGAUCAUGGGAGCCACGAGCAUCCACUUACUUUGGUGGAAACUCGCUUAUCUGAUAGAUGCAUUGGUUGUGGUUGGUAUUUUAGCAGUGGAGAGAAAGCUUAUGGAUGUAGCCAGAAAUGUGGGGAAGAAAUACUAUUGCAUGAAGAAUGUGCAACACUUCCGAGGAAGAUUAGACACCCAAUGCACCCACAACACAUACUCACUCAAACAUUCAACCCUAUAGCCUCCUUGAACUUAUUAUUCGCUGCCUUUUUCGAAAGAAAGUUAUGUGCAAUCUGCGAGUUGAAUGUCGUGGACAGGAUUUUCUACAAAUGUAGGAGCACAGAAUGUAAGCUGUGGAUGCAUAUGAAAUGCGCGCAGGGCAGCAGCGUGAUGGAUGCAGGUGAUGAUGAGCAAAGUGGCAGCAUCAUAAAUCAUCCGAGUCACCUCAGACAUGGAUUGAAGUUGGUGAGGAGGAGUUGUCCCUUCAAGUGCGAUGCUUGCGGCGUCACACGCAGGGGGAAGUCCUACAUUUGCUGCGCAGCUAAUUGUCAAUAUUGGAUCCACGAGAGAUGCGCAUCAUUGCCUCAAACCAUCAAAAGGGAAGACCACCAUCACUCCCUCUCUCUCUCUUUUCAUGUCCCAUCUCUAUAUAUCAAAUAUAACUUCAAAUGUGAUGUGUGCACCAAAUAUUUGAUGCCCAAAUAUUGGAUAUAUCAUUGUGAGCUUUGCAGCUAUGCUGUCCAUCUCAACUGCGCCUUCAACAAGCCACCCCACGUCACUAGAGAAAAGAAAGAUGAUAAGAAAGGGAUAAUGGAGUUUCCAAUAAGUGAUCAUGUGGGUGAGGAGCUAAUUGGAAGUUUUGUAAAGAGACAAGGAGGAGCUAUAUCCAUCCCUCAUCAUGAUGUUGAUUAUAAGUUCCACAAUUACAAACUCAGAUUAGUCUCGUCAUCUUCAUCUCAAGAAGAAGAAGAAGAAAAUAGCGAUGAUGAUGGGGAAGAUCAAAAAUCAGAAUUAAUAUGUGAUGGGUGCAUUACUCCUAUAUUCGGCCGCAAACAGAGACCAUCUUUUUCUUCAAGUAGUAAAGAUUACUACUUCUAUAUGAGUUGUAGCAGUGGAUGCAAUUACAAUCUUCACAUGGCGUGCUUCAACUUGCCAUCUCGCCUCCACUCCAUUCCACUCCACCACGAGGAAGAUCACAACCUAAUUCUCGAAUCUUGUGACAAACUCCCAUAUGGUGAUUGUUACGUGUGUAAUUUAUGUUCGAAUGGGCUGUUCUACGCUUGUACAGGAUGUGAGUUCAAAGCAGACAUCAAGUGUGCUUCUAUGCCGAGCACCAUAUAUCACACGGCUCACCCACAACAUCCCCUCAACCUUCUCUCUCAACAACGUUACCAAGAUUAUUGUGGUGCUAAUUGUAAUUACCCCCUAUUUAUGUAUGACUGUUAUGCGUGUGUCAACUGUGACUUCAUUGUGCAUGUUCCAUGCGUGGGGCUUCCGGCAUCAAUCACAAGCCGUAGAUGGGACAAGCACCACCCACUGCUGUUGACAUACGAUGCUAAUCUCACCCAUCCUGGUGAUUUCUACUGUGAUGAAUGUGAAAGAGAAAUGAAUCCCAAGAGCUGGAUGUAUCACUGUCGCCACUGCGAUAUAUCCUUCCAUCCACACUGCUUUAUAACCGAAUCCGGUGGCUAUAGAAACAUCAAGUUGGGGAAGGAAUAUGUGAAUGCGGCAGCUCAUCCACACCCUCUCGCCCAUCAACUUCUCACCACGAAACGCCGCUGCGACGUUUGUCGUUUGAAUAGGUAUAAAUGGGGAGGAUUUCAGUGUGCAUCAUGCAACUUCUUCAUUUGUUACAUCUUAUGUGGUUAUAGAAUGCUCAGAGAUGGCGACAUGAAGGCCGUCGAUUGAUAAAAAAAUACAGAGAUCGUGAUGUUUUUACCUCUUUCUUCUUGUAAUAUUAAUUAGUUAUGUUUUUGUCUCACCGUUUUUAAUUUGUGUGUGCGUGUGUUUGUUGUUUAAAAAUUUAAAAAUUUGUAUAUUUACAUACUGAUAUCUCUUUUUUAUAUUUAUUUAAGGUUGUCAUUUUACACUAAAA